CCACCAUUUUACUCUGAAAGAAAUUCCCAAUCUGGCUAGAGAGGUGGUUUUUAAAGAUAACUAGGAAGAUGCUUGGGAAGGUAUAUCGUCAGCUAAUUAGCUGCUGGAUUCUGUAACUGUGAUAGUGCCCAGUUGACACAGCAUGACUUUGGAUGAUGUGUGACUGGGGGUUCUCAUCACCCAAGAUUAUAAGACUAUGGAGUUUUUAGAUACUAAAUCAGGCAGAAGCUGGAACUAUGAAGAAAAGCCAUCCCAGACAAUCCUUCAGAAUAAGGAUAAAUUAUCUACUAAAGGGAAAAAAGUGCAUUCUUGUAAAACUAUUAAAAGGAAAAAAAAAUCUUUGAUGAAAAGUGAAAAAAGGCUGAUAUCUGUACCUAAAAUUCCAGUUACUCAACUGCUCUCUCUUAUUCCUGGACAAAAAGUGGCUGAGAGCGCUCCAGCUAAGCCUCAUAUUGAAGUAUGGAUUCUUCCCCUCAGAAAGGACCCUCAAGAAUUGACACGAAACAAAUCAAGGGAAACUCAAGGAAGUGAAGAUGACCAAACAGAAAUUAUCAGUUGGCAUGUAGAAGAUGAUGCUGAAAAGAAAAUUUCUUUGCCUGACCUGUUUCUAAGCCAAGUUAAUCUAAUUAAUGAGGAAAUAGAUGGUGAGUUUCAAGGCCAAAGAAAGGCAGAUUUGGAAAGGCAAGAUAUUCAGCAUGAUACAAUUACCAAAAAAAUGGUUGAGUUUGAAGGCCAAAGCCUUUUGCCAGAGUGGAAAGAUCAAGAUAGUCAACCUACCACAAGUAGUACCAAGAAAAUGGGUGAGUUUGAAAGCCAAAGCCUUUUGCCAGAGUGGAAAGAUCAAGAUAGUCAACCUACUACAAGUAGUACUGAUAAAAAAGAAAAAAAUGAACCUUCAGGAAUUUCAGAUGUGAUUCCCUCAAUUACAAGUCUAAUUAAACAAUUAGACUUAGACAGAGUAGUUGAGAUAAGCAUAGAUGAUUUAUUAAAGGACACAAAAGAAGUCAGUUUAACUUCAGCAUGGACAGAUGUUUCAACAAAAACUGUGCCUUUCUCAAAGCUUCUUCAACAAAAUAAAAUAUCUGGUUUACUAAAGGACAAAAAAGACGGUGCAAAAUCAUCACAGAUGGAUGUGGUCCAAGAGCCUUCUCCACCAAGAAAGAAAUUUGAUAUACUGAAAGAUGGAAGGGAAAAUCAGGGUAAGCACAACUCAUCGUAUACGAGCAAAGCAAAAAAGAGCCCUUCAUUUCCAUUUCAUAAGAAAGCUACAGAGCAAGUUUUUCCAAAGGAAAAAAAACAAGCUUCCUCCUUGAAGUGCUUCACUAUAAAGCAGCAAGUGAAAACACCUCAGCUGGACAGAAAGAACUGCUUCAGGGACAGGCAUUUUCCUCCAUUAAUUCUUGGCAGAAAAUGGAAGUGAAUUACCAUCCAAAUUACAGUCAGCCAGAGAUAUUUUACUCCUGUGAACAAUUCCUUCAGUAGAAAAAAGGAGAUAUACUCAGGGUCAUAUUUUAUUUCCAGGAAAAAACUUCAUGCCACAAAAGACAAGAUAUACUACAGUUGAGAAAAUAUUCAAAUGAUGUCAUUCUUCUAUGUAGUUUAUAUCAUCAGAUUUAUUGUACUUUGAAGAAGUAUAAACUAAUUAAAAUCUAUUGGGUGUAAUUGUGAAAUAAGAUCUGUGAAUAUAUUAUUUUGGGUAAUGCCACUAUUUUCAGUGUCAAAUUAUCGAUCAAAUGAAACUUGUAUUCUUAGGAGUAAUUUUCAAAGGUUUUUUUUUUGUUGUUGUUUUUGCAUUAAGGAAAUACACAAAUUAGAAGCUCAAUUUUGGUCACAUACUAAAUAUUAAAUUCUCAAUUUGUGUUUGCAGAAUACCCUCCUAAAUUGAGUAGAACUAGGAAACUCAUGGCUCUUUAUUUGAAAGAGCUUAAAAGCUAAGUGGGAAUAAUUGUGGAAAACAAUUUUAACUGGUAUUAAGCAAUGAGGAUAAGAAAAAAAGGAAAUCUUUUAAAAAAUGUGAAAGCUGGCAGCUAGGUGGUGCAGUGGAUAGAGCACCAGUCUUCAAGUCAGGAGUUCCCGAGUUCAAAUCUAGCAUUUUACACUUCCUAGCUGUGUGACCCUGGGCAAGUCACUUAACCCCAACUGCCUCAGCAAAAAUAAAUAAAAAUUAAAAAAUAAGACUAUUAAAAA